AUGGGUUCCACUACUGCACACCAAAUGAUCUAUCAUAUCAAAUCUGAACGGCUCUUCCCAGCUACAAAGCCCACUGAGAAGACAACGGUGCUGUCAUUAGUUGAUGCUACAACAGUCGACUUUUCAACUUCCUGUGCUAUCUGGCUGUGUGAGAAACCUGAUCUUCCAGGAGAUGGGUUCAGCCUAUUCGAUCACUUCCGCAAGUCAUUCGAGAUUACCCUGUCAGCGUAUCCCCAAUGGACCGGUCAUUUAAAGAGUAUCACCACACUUGAUCGCUCUCAGAUAAACAAGGAAACAGCCGACUUUCCUCGUCAUGCCCUUCACUACGGCCGUGUUUAUGUUCACUACGGUACAACUUCAGACCCUGGGGUUGAAUUCAUCACUGCACAAAGCCCGGUAACUCUUGACAUCCUAUGCCCUGCUUUGAGAACAAGAGAUCAACCGAUAUACAAUCGCCAAGCUAUCUCUCUCCAUGAAUUAAGCCCUCAAACUGUUAUCGCCAAUGCUUCCCGACCAAGCCCUCCAGAUAAGUCCGGCUUGCUCGCUCCCUUGAUGGCUGCUCAGGUGACUCAACUUACAUGUGGGGGAUUCGCACUAUCGGCAAAGGUUGGACACCCACUUUCUGACAUCUCCUCACUUGUGAAAUUUGCAAAGGAUUGGGCUAGUAUCAGUCAAUGGAUACUUGCUGGUUCCAACUCACCAGCCCCAGUCCUGGAUACUAUCUUCGAGCCCGAUCAAAUAGACUCUAUGGCUGCAGGAGACAUCAAUGCAGAUGGCCCCGAUCCAGGAAUCCUCAAGCAAUGCGCAAGCCUACCUCUAAAUCGGUACGACUGGUGGAUCUCAACAGAAGGCUGUCCCUGGGAAGCAGUGAUCCCCGAACCAUACAGAAGCCAAAAUAUCGAACCGAUCGGCGACGCAAUGCCCUGGUCAGAAUGGGACUCCAAGUCACCUGUAUCGAACUACAUCGUGCAUCUAACCCGUGAACAAGUGGAGAUAAUCUGGAAAGACGCUAUCAGAGGAAGUCCCCAUGAGAGCGGUGUCAUUAGAAUCAGUCGCCAUGACGCCAUCCUUGCACACAUCUGGUCUUGCGUUACUCGUGCGCGCAAGCAAGGUGAGGACUCAGGUAUCAUGCAUUGUGAUCUCACACUUGGACUCCGACCUGCACUCAACCUUGAUCCUGAUUUCAUUGGAUCGCCAAGUAUGAUGGUGAACAUCGAAAUGACCGGAACCCAGCUUGCAUCAUCUACGAUCUCUGCAGAGGAAAGAACGCGUUCGAUUGCGCUAAAGAUUCGCAAGACUAUCAACCAGAUGGCCCGUCCCACCUCUAUUGCUGCCCAUUUGCAUAGCUUAGCAUUUGAUAGUUGCCCGCAACGAAUUUGGCAGGCUUUUCUGGGAUCGCGUCAUCUUCUUGUGACGAGCUGGGCCCGUGCUGGGAUUUACGAGGUUGAUUUUGGAUUACACUCUUUCCCUCAUAUUCGAUACGCAGAAGGGGUGAUUGCUGAUCUGGAUGGAUGCGUUUUGAUCAAGGAGGCGCCACCUACCGGAAACACUGAUGCUUUUGGUGGAGGCUGGACUGAUAAUGGUGUUGAUGUCUCCCUGCAUAUUCGAACGGAAGAUAUGGAGCGGUUGAUUGAGGAUCCACUGCUUCUCCCGCGUGAAAAAUAG